AUGAGUAACUUCAAAGCAAAGGACCUGCAUUUUGACAAUUCACAGCCAGCGUUCUUGCAACGCCUGCGUGGCCAGCUCACCAGUGGGGACACAGCUCGUCAUGAACACCCCAUCGCCAGGAACAAGAGGAUGAAAAAAGACGAUGACGAGGAUGACGCACCUACUUAUGUCAUUGAAGAGACAAACCAGUCACUAAGCAAAGAGGAGUAUGAUGCGCUUGUCUCUGGCAAAGAUGGUAAAGAGGAGGAAGAGACUGCCACCGAUGAGGUUGGCGAGAAGAAAGACAACGGUUCUAAAUCACAAUCAAAGGACAAAAUUGCCGAAGUUGGUACAAAUGCAAAGAAGCGCAAGGCGGCAAAGAUUAUCAGUGAAGACCAGAGCGAGAGCAAGGGGGAAGAAGAGACAGCUGUGGAAAAGCCGGAUGCUAAACCUGCGAAGAAGCCUAAGAAGAAGGCCAAAGCUGUCAAGCUUACGUUUGGCGAAGAUGAAGGUUGA